AUGCCAGCGCCUGAAACACCAAGACAUCAACAAUUCCAAAUGGCAGCACAACAGCUUCAAGCCGUGCGUGUGGAUGUUGCACCCUCAAUCUCUAAUCCUGGGCUACUUAAAGACGGUAAAGUAACAUAUGGAGAGCCAAAGUUACGAGUUGAGAUUUAUGAAGCUAUUGCAGAACGAGUCAAGGUGUUCCGCCUGCAUCGUGCCCGAUCAAAUCAGCAACUACAAUCUGUUCCUUAA